AUGAAGCAACGAAUGAGUCCAGAUUGCCCAGUGCACACUCUGCAGCGCAGACCUGCUCGCAAGUGGUGCGGAAGGCGGGCUCGCCCGCAGAAGCACUGCGGGCGACACCUACGCCCGCGCGCUCCUGGGGGAGGAGGAGGGGGCGGGGGCCGGCGCGGACGGGACGGGAGUCGCCGCAGCCGCCGGCCGGGCCCAGCCGCGCAGACACCGCCCGCGACGCAGCCACCCGCCGCUCCUCCGCCGCCUGGCGCCGCGCCUCAGCCCAGCUCUGCCGCAGCGGCCGCGAGGAGGGGCCGCUGGAGCGCGACUCGGGAACCCCGGGUCACUGCCCGGCCGCCGGAGCCACAGUCAGGCCUCCGUGAGCGGCGCCCACGCUCUCGCCGUUCAGACGCUCGGACCCGCAGCCACCUGCUCUCGGCCCGAGGCCAGGACACGAUGCGCUCCGCGCUGGCGCUCUCGGCGCUGCUGCUGCUGCUGCUGCUGCCGCCGCGCUCAUUCUCCCAGGAAGACGACAAGACCAGAAGUGACCCAGCCAUCACCACAAAACCUACAACCCCAAACGCGCCCAUUCUGGCGCCAGCAGCCGGUGAGGUGGGGGGUGCCACAGACCAGACUACAGCAAGCGCAGUUCCAAGACAGACUGAGAAAAGGGUGACGGCAGAGGCCACCCGCGGAAUACCCCCAACGGUGCCCGGCAGCUCGGGGCCCACGUUAGCCCCGGGCGGGCAAAGCGCAGCUGUCGCGCCCACGGAUGAAGUUGCGAAGGCCUCCAGCGAGCCCAGCGUAGCUAGUGAUGGCACGAAGGAGCCUCAAGGUUUAAACAAGACGACACUUGGCCCACCCGCUGAGUUCAUGCAGUCUGAAACCGUGAAGAGUCAGACAGCUGGAGCCCAGGGUAGCCCGGGUGUUACCACCAGCUACAUGACCACUGAGGGCCAGAAGCAGGCGACCUCUCCGUCCCCAGAUCGGGUUAGCACCCUCAGCCCUGCUUCUGCUCUCCCCCUUGGCAGCGCCCCAACAGGCCCUUACAAACCAAGUGCAAACCCUGCUACUUCGAAGCCUCCAGGGAGCCCUCCUGAGGGACCAAGCAAAAUCCCUACAGUAGCUCCAAGUAGUUUAGGCACGAAGGCGGGUCCCAGCUCCACGUUACACGGGACACCUACCACACCACCAUCACUGGUUACCUUAGAAGGAAAUCUGCAGAAAUCCAGCAUGGUGCCGGCUGUCACUGGGACCUCUUCUCCCGCCACUGGGACCUCUUCUCCCGCCACUGGGACCUCUUCUUCCGCCACUGGGACCCCUUCCUCUGCCACUGGGACUCCCUCUGUUCCUGGGACCUCUUCGUCAGAGGCUCCACAGCCUGCAGGCCCUUCAUCGGGACCUGUGGCCACGUCUCCUGUCGAGGGAUCCAGAAGCCCCAGCACUCAGUUGGCUUCAACUGCCCCCCGAGUCUCCAACAUCCCUCCUCCUCCCUCGGCUCAUGGGGAUGACAGGAUAAAGUGCGAAUCUCCCGAAAGGCUAACUGACAAGAUGCUCAUCCUGAACUUAACGAAAACCAGCCUCUGUGCGGGGAACAGCAGUUCGGAUGACAAACUGGUCACACUUCUGUGCCGAGCAGCAAAAGCCGCCUUCAACCCAGCUCAAGAUAAGUGCCAUAUACGGCUGGUACCUAUUCAAGACUCCCAGGCAGUGGCAGUCAAAGAAAUCGCUGUCCAGACAAAGCUCCUGCCCAGGGAUGCGUAUGAAUCGCUGAAGGACAAGUGGGACGAGCUGAAAGAGGUGGGAGUCAGUAACAUGAAGUUUGGGAACCAAGGGCCACCCGAAGAGACGGAGGACCGGUUCAGCAUGCCCCUCAUCAUCACCAUUGUGUGCAUGGCAUCCUUCCUGCUCCUCGUUGCGGCCCUGUACGGCUGUUGCCACCAGCGCCUCUCCCAGAGGAAGGACCAGCAACGGCUAACGGAGGAGCUGCAGACAGUGGAGAACGGUUACCAUGACAAUCCCACACUGGAAGUGAUGGAGACCUCAUCAGAGAUGCAAGAGAAAAAGGUGGUCAACCUCAAUGGGGAGCUGGGGGACAGCUGGAUCGUCCCUCUGGACAACCUGGCCAAGGAUGACCUAGACGAGGAGGAAGACACGCACCUCUAAUCAGGUCCGCGGGCAGCCUCCGACAGGACCACAGCGCUCCAGACUGAACCACCUCAAGUGCCAUUUGGACAGGGGAGGAAAAUCCUUCCCAGUUGAGGGAAAGACGGGGGAGGGAAGCAGACUUGGAGGUCCCCUCCUCCCAAUCCCCACAGGGCCUUAAUUUUCCCUUUUCACCAAACUGAACAAAUCACAUUCUGUCUAGAUUCCUCUUGUAAAAUAACCCACUAGUGCCUGAGCUCAGUGCUGCUGGAAGAUGAGAGGGAGAACCACCCACAUGGUCAUCUAGUAGAAUCCCUUCAUCUCGCAUCCGAGGUGACUGAGGCCUAAUGGGGGUAAGGUCCAGCUCACACAGCCCCUUGGCAACAGAGGCAGGAUGGAAACAAACACCCCCUCAUUCAGAGCGGUGCGCGUUCCCCUCAGAGCUCUCCCCGGUGGGGCGAAGCUCAGUGGAUGGAAUGGAAGGGACAGCAGGGCCAGAUCUGCCUCCGGGGGAUCGGAUUCCUUCCAAGUAGAGGUCCCCAGCCUCGCCUGCCAGGGUUCCCGUCCCCUCUGUGCUCGCCCCGCCCUCCACUCACUUUGUAGUCCCCCUCUGUCCCAGGGCCUCUGGGACUCCCACCAUCCAUCCGUUCACGGCCUCGAACCCCCCGUUCUGGAUUCUGGCCUCCUUGCAUUUGCUUAGGGAUCUUGAGACCUAACCCACACAAGACUUCAGUGUGAACGAGGUCGGCUUCAGGGAUCCUUCUGCAGGUGAAGAGAAAAGGGGGGGCCCUUCACCCCCAGGAUGGGUCCUGGCCCAUCACCCAGGGCAGGAACUCCUUUGGCCUCCCACUCCCACCGGGGACUGAAAUCUGCAGCGGCUAUGAAGGCUGAGUGUUCCUGUUUUGUCGUUCACUGCUCAGUUGGUGGGGUGAGGACCCAAGUCUGGAGUUCCCCCCGAGACCCAGCAAGAAAGAGCAGUAGCUGUAGGGCAGACAUUCCCGGGGCCCAGUCCACAGAGGUGUCUUACCAGACAAUCGAUCGAUACAGUUAGGAAGGAUAGGCUUUACUCUCUGUUCCAUAGGAAACUCAGGGACUUUUCAAGUUGCUGAGAGUUUUGUUGUAUUUGUUUUUUAGUCCAGCCCUCUACUGCCACGAGCCAAAGCUCCAAUUGUUGGGAGACUUUUUUUUUUUUUUUUUUCCAGUUAACUAAUCUCACUGACUCCUAGUUCUCCUGUGCCGUAGGGCCAGAAAGGCCUAGAAAGUGCGAUGCAUUUUAAAGUGCUUAGGAGCACCCGGGGCGGGGUGGGGCUGUGGGGUUCCCAAUGACCUCUCACUGUUCGGGCACACAGCUGGGCCUUGCUGUGUCCCCUUCUCUGUGUUCCUAGCAGGGCUGCCAAAGUUCUGCAGUUUCUGGUGGCAUCUCAGGGAAGCAGUACCGGGAAGGGGUUUUGAGGGAGCUUAGCAGUUAGCUCCCAAGCAGAAGGCACCCAAGGACUGGACAGAGUGAGGUUUAAUCUGAUUUUCUGGGAAGCCCAAAUCCCAGAUUUUGUGGAACUUUGCCCACAGUCUCUUUUGCUCCUGGGUGAAAUUUCCUGGCACCAACUAGGGGAACGGGCAGAACUGCUUAGGAGAGUGAAAACUGUAAUUUCAGGGCAAGAGGUCAGAACCCCAGAACCUGCAGGCCCAGGCUGUGAGUCCUGAUGAAAUAGGCAGCCUGCUUUAGGACAGCUGAUUUUUUAAAGGAGCUUAGCUGGGGGAAGAUCUGUGUCCUUCCCUGGCUGCCUUGAUUCCGUCUUCAUAGCCUUUGGCCUUUGAUAUCCUAGUGUUCAGGUAGGGCCUCUGGUGAGUUUCCCAAAAGCUAGAGAGAUGCCAGACUGACAAGGAUCCAGAAGUAUUUGCCCUGAUUCUCUAGCAUCUGGAGGUCAGCAGGGUAGAGAACAGUGCCAGUGUGGGGGGAAAAAAUAGAGGAAAUCUUGUCAUACCAGGAAGAGAUGUUUGCUUCCUUCCUGGCCAACAUUUGAUUCUUUCCACCCUGUGGGUUUCUUCGAAGAGGCCAGGACUGGAUUCUACUCCUUUGCUCUUUCUGGGUCACAUUUUACCAGCCAGCCAGGUCUUUGGACAGAGACAGCCAGUAUGCCUCCACAAACUGAUCAAAGGCUACAGCCCCAUGGCCUCUUGGGCAGAGAGAUGAUGUGUGGCAGGGACUAGAGUAAAAUUAUACUUGGUUAAGAGGAAUGAUUGUGGUGGCUCUGUCCAAGGAGAACCUUGGGAAGCUUUGGGCUGGUUCAGAUGCUCCUUUGGGUGCAUCCAGACUGGGUGACUCUAGCCUUUGAGGGCAACUUCAGAAUCCAAUACCUUGCCUUGGCUUGCUCUUGCCACUAGACAUCUGUGUCCAGGGCCAUACAGCCAUGCAUCUGCAAAGGUCCUCUUCAUCCCACGUCUGCACUGGGUUCUAAAUGCUGUCUGGUAAGUCAGAUUCUGGGGCUGAGAAGAAAGAAAAGGAACACCAGGAACUCAGCAUGACUCUAAACAGGUUGUGCCGAAGAGAGAUUAUAAACUUUGAUCAGCGGCAAACUGGCUUCCCUAAGCUGCAUAAAAGGCCAGAAAUCAUGAAUCUGAUGACUGGAUGGAAACCCAGUGGGGAAGCACGCUGUUCUGUGACUGGGGAGGGAAGCAAGCAGUGCUUAUGAAGGAGGUACAGAAUACGCUUUGCAUCAUAGGACAGAAUACGGGUUUAAUCUAGUCUAGACGCAAGAUUCUCUUUUUCCCUCAUGAUAAGGAAAGCUAGCAGGAAGUUUAUUUAAACCACUUGAGCUUUAACCUUUUUUGACAAUAUACUGGAGAAACUUUGAAAAACAAGCUGAUACAUAUAUACAUAGUUUUUAAUAAUGUAAAUACAACAGCCACAUGUUAAUCCACUCUGUACUGCUUUAAGUGAAUAUACACUGUAAAAACAUUUGUUAGUCGAGGUGGCUUUUUUUUCCCUCUGAAAAGGAAUGUAAAUGUCUAUUUCACUAGAAACGACAAGUUCUUUUUGUUUUGUUUUUCUCCAAUGAAAAGUGAAAUAGAAGACAAGCUGAUGACAAAGUAUUUGUCUUAUAGAUCAGGCAUUUUUAUUUUUAAAUAUGAUCCUCAACCCCCCCUCCCCAGCUAAGUCCCAGCCUAUUACAGUAAGGCUUGGAGUCCAUAUGUGACACUCCAGCCCUAGGGAGAGGCUUUUAGAGACCUAGCCCAAUCUUUGUUUUGUUCUUACAGAAAAAGAAACUGAAGCCCAGAAAGAUAAAGUGGCUUAGCCAAAAUCACAUGGUUAGCGACAGAAACAGGAUUUAAAACACCGGUGCUGUGGGCCUCAGAAGAAUCAGUAAAUUAAGGACAGGCACCAGGAUAACACAAAGAACAGAAUUCCCUCCUCACAUCUUGUCCCGCAGCAAGGCUGGGGAGGGCCUGAGACCACAUUAGGAACCAUGACCGGUCUGCACUUCCUCAGAGUUAUUGAGGCCCAAGACUUAAAUGAGUGAUACUUUUCUGUGAAGAAACAGUUUUGAAGGAGUUUUUACACGUGGAUCUUCUACUAGCAGGACCAAGGAUCAAAGGGAACAAGCUCUAGGAAGGCAGAGGGGGCAAGAGUAAAGCAGUGGCUUAUCUUUUAUCACUGUCAGGAGCUGACUGGCUCGGGUUUGGUGAAAACCCAACACCCAGUGGAAGGGAGGGGAUGACUAUUUGAUGUGUGUGUGUCUCUUUUGUUAUUAGUGAAUGUUAAACAGUUUGCCCAGGAGACUGGGGGAGCAUGUGUCUUCGUGGACAGGGGUCUGAAGUACACUGGAAUUUACUGAGAAACUUGUUUGUAAAGAUUAUACUUAAUUAUUGCCGUUUUCUUACAGAACUAUAUUUUGGAAAAUUGUAUACUGUCAAUUAAAGUGCUUUUGUGUAAGCUGGUUCAA